ACUGAUGACAAUGUUGAUAGUCCCGCUGGUUCGAGACGUUCUUCAGAGCAAAUUGAGAGUCCAAAACCUACUCUGCCUGUGUCUAAUGACGAAGGUCUACCUCCGGUUGGGGUAUGCAGGUAGCACCUAAUGGUAGAAUAUUUUUUAUUGAUCACAAUGAGAGAGCAACGACCUGGAUUGAUCCACGAACAGGACGACCAAGUCCUAUACCUAAUCAUAUUGCACCGUCGACGACACCGAGAAGCGAUUUAGAUCAAUUGGGACCGCUUCCAGAAGGCUGGGAGGAGAGAGUACACACGGACGGACGAAUUUUCUUCAUAGACCACAACACAAGAACAACGCAAUGGGAAGAUCCACGCAUGUCCAAUCCUCAAAUUGCCGGCCCGGCUGUACCGUAUUCCAGAGAUUACAAACGCAAAUACGAAUAUUUGAAAUCGCAACUGAGAAAGCCUAAUAAUAUUCCUAACAAGUUUGAGAUAAAAGUGGGACGGAACAACAUCCUGGAGGAUUCGUACCGUAUUAUAAGUUCGGUCAACAGAGUUGACAUUCUAAAGACGAAACUGUGGGUAGAGUUUGAAGGCGAGGUAGGCUUAGAUUACGGUGGCCUUGCGAGAGAAUGGUUCUUCUUGUUGUCGAAAGAAAUGUUCAAUCCAUAUUACGGGCUUUUCGAAUAUUCCGCAACAGACAAUUAUACAUUACAAAUUAAUCCUUGCUCUGGCGUAUGUAACGAGGAGCACUUGAAUUAUUUCAAGUUUAUCGGACGUAUAGCGGGAAUGGCUGUUUACCAUGGCAAACUUUUGGAUGCUUUCUUUAUCCGACCAUUUUAUAAAAUGAUGUUGGGUAAACCGAUCGACCUGAAGGACAUGGAAAGCGUCGACUCCGAGUAUUACAACUCUCUUCUGUGGAUCAAAGAGAACGAUCCCAGCGAAUUGGAGCUGACUUUUUGUCUCGAUGAGGAAAGCUUCGGCCAUACGUCCCAGAGAGAGCUGAAGCCCGACGGUGCUAAUAUCCCUUUGACGGACGAAAAUAAAGACGAGUAUAUAAGUUUGGUCAUACAGUGGCGGUUCGUAUCCCGCGUGCAGGAACAGAUGAACGCCUUCUUGGAAGGAUUCAAUGCUCUUAUACCACCGACAUUGGUAAAGAUAUUCGAUGAGCACGAGUUGGAGCUGUUAAUGUGCGGUAUACAGCAUAUCGACGUGAAAGACUGGAAGCAGAAUACUUUGUACAAAGGGGACUAUCACGCAAACCACAUUGUCGUCCAAUGGUUCUGGCGAGUCGUCCUAUCGUUUAGUAACGAGAUGCGUUCUAGAUUAUUACAGUUUGUAACUGGCACAUCGCGUGUCCCGAUGAACGGAUUCAAAGAGCUUUACGGCAGUAAUGGGCCGCAGUUAUUCACCAUUGAGAGGUGGGGUACACCGGAGAAUUAUCCAAGAGCUCAUACAUGUUUUAAUCGAAUUGACCUUCCUCCGUAUAAAAGUUAUCAACAACUCAGGGAUAAGCUAGUUAAAGCAAUUGAAGGUUCUCAAGGCUUUGCUGGAGUCGACUAGCACGAACUACCUUUAUUCAUGAUGAUAUCUGUAAUAUAAUGUAUAUAUUACAUAUACAUAUAUCUAUAGGUAUACACAGAAAAGUAUAUUGUCUUAAUAUGAUUAUAUCUAUUUAAAGAAUUCCCACACUUAAAGAAAUCGAUUUAAUUGCUUCUUAAUUGUGUGCAAUAACAUUGAAACGAGGUGAAAACAAUACAUUAAAAGAUUCAAGUGAUCGCUUAACUUUCCGAAAUAAUUUCAACAAGUCUUUCAGCAUGUUACACACUUUUCAAAUUACCAAUUAUAUUUCAUAAAAGCUAUUUGCAUAAUCUGAGAAAAAUGCAGCUGAAAACCUAUAAUUAAGUAUUAUAUAACUAAUCCACUUUUAAAGAUAUGCUAUAUUUUUACUAUUGCAACCUCGGGAUCUUUUGGAAGAAGUGAUUUGGCUGCUGUAACAAUGUGACGUGAUAUUGAUUUGCUAAUUGUUUAUUCUCGUUUCUUGAUAACAUCAAAGUAUUAUUAAGAAAUGGAGAGAGGUGCAAACCGUUUUAAAAUGAUAUUGCAAUUACAUGAAAAUGAAGUACAAUCGAUGUCAUUCUGUGACUUGAAAGUAAAAGACAAAUGUUAUGUAUCUGCACAUAUUUAAUGCUAUUCUUUUUGCUUCCAAGUCACAAGAUAUUAAAAUAACAUUAAUUUUCUCGAUAUAUUAUUCGGAAUUCUCAAAAUUACAUUUACCCAAAUCUAAAUUUUGCAAAGGAGAUUACUUUUUCUCUGAUAACAUUUUAAUUUAUAUCCUACUGAUAUCACGAAAUACUGUAAAAAAUAAUGUUAUUAAUAGUCACUAUUUUAUAAAAAAUUUCGUAGAUAUUGAUUUAUAAUUUUAAUUGUAUUUUUAUGGCACACCAAAUUUCACUUCUUUCUUUUUCAGCUUUAACAACAUACAAACUUUUAAUGCUCCCUUUUCACUGUUUAAUACUUGUGCAAAGGUGUUUAUGCCUUUUGUUAAAGCAAAGGUGAAACGCUUGUUAGAUAUAUUUUAUGUGGAUAUAUAUAAAUUUAUGACUUAUCUUUUUUUGUUCAUAUGUUGUUCCUUUUACAAUUUUUUAUGGUUAGCAAAUGAUGAAGAAUAACAUCGUAUAAAAAUAGUGUUAUUCGAAAGCGUAUACUUCUACGAUGUACAGAAAAAGUUAAACACAGUUCUUUGUUACCGAUUAUGUUAUUAGAAGAAAAGGCAAGAAAAUAUGUAUAAUCCAAAAUAAAAAAAAUAUAUAAUUUUGUUAAAAAGUCUUACAAUUAAUUUUAUAUUAAAAAAUGUAAGUUAGGGCAAAAUUAUUGUAAAGAAGAAAAACUCGAUAUUUUCUCUUAAUAUAAAUAAAAUAAAUGAUGCAGGAUGUUACAAGUACUCUAUAACAAACUCAUUUAUAAUAUCUCUCGAUGAAUUAAUAAAUACCAAAUCAAAUUGGCUACGGCUUGUAUUAUUAAUUUACACCUUGCUUAUUCUUCUAAUUUAAUAAUGAUUUAAGAAUGUAUGUUCUGCUCAGGUAGCAUAAUUAUGUAAAAUUUAUUAAAUGGCGGAACAAAUUGAUUAUAAGAUUAUUUCCAACAAAAUGUAAUCGUUUGUAUAUUUCAUUAGUAUCCUGGUGUGUGAUAAAACACUCCAAUCGUCUCGAAAAAUAAUAUAAACCUUGCUUCUGAUUAAUCAAUGAUCAUUAGCAAUGGCAAAUAAUAAUCGCAGAUGACAAAGUCGAUGUCAGAUACGAUUGCCUACCUUGUAUUAUAUAACACUUUUAUUCACGAAAUUAUAACGUACAUUCUAAAUGACACGAAGUUGAUAUAACAUUCCAUCCUACAUAUUUGUACAGCUUAUUUUAUUGUAAAACAAAUAAGUCCCGUUAGAUAAUAAAUAACAUUGUCACGGCAGAGAUUUUGUGGCCUUAAAUUUUGAUUAUGGAAUUCUUUAUUUUGAUAAGUCUCUCGUUCAUAAAAUCUAGAGUUCCAUUAUUGCAAAUUGCGCUAGCUGUUCGCAAUGUACGGUUACGUAAAUAUCCUUUUCCACUUCUUCUCCAUAGUAGACUUGCAGAGAUAUACGUGUGAAUUUAUAUUCAAUGUUCAUCCUAGCUUAUGAAAGAUGACAAGUUUUAUUCAGUGCAAUAUCUAAUAUGUUGCAAAUUACGUGUAAAAAAAUCUUAAGUUCGUUAUUCGAAUAUUAAAUAAAAAGGAAAUUGCAUAUAUAGUGCAGUUUUUUUCUAAAUCUUCUUAAACUUCUUUACAUUGGUGUCUUGAAUAUCUACGUAACAUGAUCGAGUAAAUAACAUCUUUUUUAUCCUUCAGAAUAAUUUUAUUUAUUUCAAGAUAUGACAUAUAUACGUAUACGUGUAUGAAAACCUUAUUUCAUACACAACAUACAUACUGUAAAAUUCAAAAUUUGCAAUUGGUAUAAUCGAGUGAUAAACACUGUAUGUAAUCAACGUUAAGUGGAUUUAUAGAAUAUUGUCCACUGUGAUGCAAAUACGAUUUGAGGGACUCGAAAACUUUUGUAAUUGAGUAUGAGUAAAUAUGCCCUCUAUUGCAGGUUCUUGUAUUAUAUAUCCCUAUAUAAAAUGUUAUAAAUACUAAAGUAAUGCUAAGGUGUAUAAUGAAUUUCAUCGCAAUUGGUAUCCUAUAUAUCGCAUAAACAUUUUUAUAAACAACGUGUUAAAAUUGUAUUUAUCUGUAAAUCGACGAUGUCAAAAAGAAAAAAAUAAGGAAGUUAUUUAAAUGUAGGUAUUAUCGGAUAGAAGUUUUCUUUGAGAAUGAUGGCAUUUAUGCUUGAUCUAUAUAAAUAUAUUUAGCUCGUAAAAUUUAAUGCCUUAUGAUAAUUAUAUCACGCAUUGUAAAAUAUCGACUUAAUGUUUGCAUUAUUAUUUACCAGCGUAGCGAUAAAUUGAGCUUACUACGUCAGGUAGCUAUUAUUUGCCGUGUAAACCUAGUGUGUCUUUAUUUAUACGUCAAUUUUCACUACCAAUGUGUUUUCAAUUUACGUGAAUGAAAAGAGACUUAAUUGUUUUUAAGCUAGCUCAAUGUGACACACACCUACACAAAUACACACACACCUAUUUUAUUUACAUACUUAUGUGCACAAACUGAAAGAAAUGCGUGACUUAAUUAUGGAGCAAGUUGUAUCGUAUUAAUUUCUAUGUAAAUAUAACAAAAAAUUAUAUAUAUAUAUAUAUAUACGUUGUAAUAUAUUAAUUAUAUAUAUAUAAAAUUAUAUAUAUAUAUAUAAAUAAACGCUUCUAUAUCGCAGUUGCAACAAAAAGUACGUAAAAAAUAAGCUUACCGUGCUACGGCUCUUGCGUUACGAUUAUUAAUUACUAACGAAAUACGGUGGAGUUUUCAACAGUGGCAAGUUAUGUUCUUAUAUAAUAUUGUGGAGAACCAAACUAUAUAUGCAAAUAAAUUAUAUUAAAAAGUUGGA